UGGGUUGUGACCCAACUUUUCGGAGGUCCGUGAAUUAAUCACGUGAUUAAACAAAGAGCUAGCAAACCUGUCCGUGCUUAUUCGUUUGGCGGGGAGGAGUUCAAAUACAUUCUGUACAUUUCGACGCGUCAUUGCGACGUCAAUGUUUUACGGGGUAGGACGGUCAAGCUCGGGGUGUUGGCCUUUUCUCCUCACCAGGAUGGGCGUAAAGCUGUCUGUAGAAGACGAGCUGGAGCAAACAUUGGAGGUGCUGUCAGCAGUCAGUGAUGACAUCCUGCAGACACAAGAUGUUCCUCUGUGUGCGGCACAAAUUGGCACCGAGCUCCAGAAGCAGUUUGCCACACUACCAGGGGGCCGCGGGCCUGAUGGCAGUCCCAUCAUCAUCUUCCCAGAAUUCCCAUCUUUCAGCGAGCUGGAGGAGGACGAGGUCCAAAACGUCCUCGACUACCUCACCAGUGUCCCCAGCGUUGCCGCAUCAGGGGUAGGAUUCAUCCUGGUCAUCGACAGGCGGCUGGACCGAUGGGCCGCUGUCCGGGCUACCCUGCUCCGGAUUGCGGGCUCCUUUCCCGAGAAUUUAAAUGUAAACUUGGUUCUGGUGCUGCGUCCCACUACUCUGCUCCAGCGGGCACUGGCGGACUUCCUCUUCAAGUUCAACAAGGAUGAGUUCAAGAUGAAGGUGGUCAUGCUGAGUUCGGUGACAGAGCUCCAUGCCUACAUAGACCCAGGACAACUAACCACAGAAUUGGAGGGCGCGCAGGAGUACUGCCAUGAAAGCUGGAUUUCACACCGCACUGCCAUUGAAGCGUUUGCUCUCAUGGUGAAGACAACAGCUCACACUCUGCAGGCCUUUGGCACCGAGCUUGCAGAGACAGAAUUACCCAACGACGCUGAGGCCACCACCAGUCUGCUACACUCCCACGCCCUAAAGAAGGACAAAAUGAAGGAGGACCUGCAGGUGGCGCUGUCUCAAGGAGGCCGCCUGUUGCAGUGCAUCAAUGAGCCUCUACAGACUGAGCCAGACUACAACAUGACCCACGACGAGCUGGAAAAUUUAGCCACUGUACAGCGACUCCUCGGUCAGCUGGAUGAGACCGAGACGGCAUUUGACGAUUUCUGGGAGCGCCACCGCACCAAACUGGAGCAGUGCCUGCAGCUUCGCCAUUUCGAGCAGCACUUCCGUGAAGUCCGCUCCCAGCUUGACGUGACAUCAGAGCGGCUAUGCGGUUUCUCGGAGGUCAGCGUGAGCCCCGCCCAUGCCGAGCACGUCCUCCGAGAGCUCAGCAGUCAGGAGGAGAAGGCCUGUGACGUGCUGGACUACGCCUUGUCGCUGGCCAGAGAAGGCGACGGGUUAAUCGAGAGCUCCCAUUACGCCGAGGACUCCAUUCGGCCCAAGUGCAGCGAGCUGAGAGGAGUGUGCGAGGAGAUCAGCUCCACUCUGAGGAACAAGAAAAGCAGCCUUUUAACAGCCAUGGAGCUCCACCAUGCUCUGGAGAAGGCUUCCCGUUGGUGCGAAGAGGGCAUCUUUUUGUUGGCCAGCCAGCCCGUGGACCGAUGCCAGUCUCAGGAUGGAGCGGAGGCAGCCCUGCAAGAACUGGAACGAUACCUGGACACUGCCCUGCUUCACACCCUUGUCGACUGCAGUGCCAUCUGCUGCCAGUAUGAGGCAGUGCUCACACCUCAACUCAGGGACCAGGUAGAGAAAGUUUUCCAGAAGCAAAGCUCCGUCCAGGAGAUGUUUGAGAAGAGACGCAUCAGCCUGAAAAAACUUGCCGCCAAACAGACACGUCCAGUGCAGCCCGUGGCACCGAGACCGGAAGUCAAGUCCCCGCAGGCAUCUCCGAAUCAACAGAGGAAAGAGAGGAGGUACUCUGCAGAUAAUGCCCUCUGCAAAAAGGUGGAGUCUCCUGUACACAUUGGUGGCACCAGGCAUGCCUCCCUCUCAGAGGAGGAAGAAAACCUGGCUGUGCUGCGACGCCAUGUGAUGAAUGAACUGCUGGAGACGGAGAGAGCAUAUGUGGAGGAGCUUCUCUGUGUUUUGGAGGGCUACGCCGCCGAGAUGGACAACCCCAUCUUGGCUCACCUCAUUCCCAGCACGCUGCUGAGCAAGAAGGACAUCCUCUUUGGGAAUAUGUCUGAAAUCUACCAGUUUCACAAAAGGAUAUUUCUGAAGGAACUGGAGGCAUACACUGACUGCCCCGAACUUGUGGGCCGCUGCUUUUUACAAAGAAUGUCGGACCUCCAGAUCUACGAGGCUUACUGCCAAAAUAAACCUCGCUCUGAGAGCUUAUGGAGACAGUGCUCGGACUGUGCCUUCUUCCAGGAGUGUCAAAAGAAGCUGGAGCAUAAACUCGGAUUGGACUCCUACCUCCUCAAACCUGUCCAGAGAAUCACCAAGUACCAGCUGCUGUUGAAGGAGUUGAUCAAAUACAGCAAAGGUUGCGACGGCUGCAGCGACCUCCAGGAAGCGCUCUCCUCCAUUCUUGGCAUCCUAAAAGCAGUCAAUGACUCCAUGCACCUAAUCGCCAUUACAGGAUAUGAGGGGAACCUCUCAGAGCUGGGUCGCUUGCUGAUGCAGGGCUCCUUCAGUGUGUGGACCGAGCACAAGAAAGGCCACGCGAAGGUGAAGGACUUGGCCAGGUUCAAGCCCAUGCAGAGGCACCUGUUCCUGCACCAGAAGGCCCUGCUCUUCUGUAAGAGGAGGGAGGAGAAUGGCGAGGGAUACGAAAAAGCUCCGUCUUACAGCUUCAAACACUCACUCAAUAUGAGCGCAGUGGGAAUUACAGAGAGCGCUAAAGGGGACAACAAGAAGUUUGAGAUUUGGUGUAAUUCAAGAGAGGAAGUCUUUAUCGUCCAGGCUCCAUCGCCUGACAUCAAAUCAUUGUGGGUGAAUGAAAUCCGCAAAGUUCUCACCCAACAGCUGAAAGCCUACAGAGACGCCAGCCAGCACAAGAGCGGUGACUCUCCAACCCACACCAGCAACAGCUCCAUCUCCCUCAGCCCUUUUUGGAGCAGCAGUCAAAGGAACCAGAAAAAGCAAGAGGAGAAGAAGCCAGAGGCGAGCCCCAUGUCCGACACCAACUCUUCCCCCAGACACAAAGAUGAGACGCUGACGAGUCCGAACACGGACAGAUCCUCCGUGGCUAAAAAGCGCUUUACUUUGCAGGGCUUCAAGAGUCCAAAAGCCUUGAGCCCCGAGCACAGUGCCAAGCGCAACUUGGUCAAGAGUGACCCAACGCCGCUUGGGCUCAGAGCUUCUCACGUCAGUCUGAGCAAGGUCAAAUGGACCAGCACCUCCAGUUUGUUGCAAAGCAAGCGGCGAGGUUGGACCAAGACGUCUCUGUCGGUGGACGCCUCCGAGGAGAAUGAUGACUACUCCAGUGGAGAGGAGCCAUUGAAUUCUGACCCCGAGGACGAUGGAGCACAGAAGCUGGUUGCAGGCAAGUACACAGUGGUAGCAGACUACGAGAAGGCGGGACCUCAGGAGCUGUCAGUCAAGAGUGGAGACACGGUGCUGCUAAUCAGAGAGGGAGAGGAGGGGCAAUGGUUUGUGAAGAACCUUCGCAGCAACAAGGAGGGCUGGCUGGCACCAGCCAACUUACUGGGCCUCAUCUCAGAGUCCAAGUCGUCUCAGUCACUCAGCAGCUCAGAUGACAGCGUCUCUGGGAACAUCAGCACCUCGUCCAGCUGCAGCGAGACCUACACCAGCUAUUCCGACAUCAAACCCUGACCUGCGCGCCGCCGCAGUUUGCUGCAUUUCAACCAGGAAAACCAAAAGUGUCACGCUGUCUGUGUUUUUGAUACUACAUUCCGUCCGUGUUUUUAACUAUGUAGCAUCGGCACGAAAACAGUUUCAGAAGGCAUGGGCUCGAUUUCCGCAGCCCGUUAAUGUCGAGUGAGUCACAACAAAGCCAGCGAAACGGCCAUGUUUGAUUCCCAACUGUGAAAACUGCCAUCAAGGCUGCCACAAGAGAAAAUCCAUCACUCUGGAGAUCAGCUCAGAGUUACAUAGUCCACAAAAGGCUGCAAAAUUGCAUUAAUCUCCUAACCUACCGGCCAGCUAGGCGUGUGUAAGGUACGAGACUUGGACCUUGUUCCUUUGUCGGGCUCGCCUCUCAGCACUCUGGAUUAACUCCAGAGGAAACCUUGAGUUGGCAGGUGUGACCACAUUCCUGCCCCACUAGGACUAAAGUCUAUAGUGUGCCCGUCAAACACGUUCUCGACAAAACUUCACAUUGGUGGAGUCUUAUGAAGUGGAUUGUUUCCGCUCCUCCACUAAGAAAUGCAGUUAGCUUCAAUUACUUUUGAUUAUCUGAGGCUAUUUUUCCCCCCACUUUGACCACCGUUGCUUACCUAUCUCUGGCCUGGAUUCAGGAACAAAAGCAGGCUUUGUCCCAGCCCAGCUCAGGCAUGCGAUAGUCGUCACUUCCAUCCAAUCAACCGGAAAUCCGACCUGCUCAGCUUGUUUGCAGCUUCAGCGUCAGGUUGCUUUUGUCUCUAUCGGAGGUACAGCUGACAAGGUGCGAGACGUCGCAAUUGCACGGUUGAGGAUGACGACUCACUUGCAAAAACCACCCAGGAAAACUUUUCAUCAUUAUAACCGUCCAUUUCCAGUAAAGUCACAAAGCAAUAUUUUGGCGUCCCCUAUAUUUUUUAUUAUUAUUAUUAAAAACCACCUAAAGCUAUUAUCGUUCCCUUGUCUUCACAAAAAGGUACAAGCUCGGCCAGCAGAUCUCAAAACGAGGCUUUUCUUGCGUGUUGGUCAGUGUAACACGGAAUUGUGUGUUGCUUUUUGUACAAAUGUGUUCCGUGUUUACCUCACAUGUAUUCCUCCAUAAGAGCAUGCUCGUCAUGAAGGGGAUUGAUCUGUGUUUGUUUAUCGAAAACUGACAUGGGACAUCAAACUUGUCAGCGUUUGGAUCACAUUCACGCAAUCAUUUGUACUUUUGAGGCUGGAGAAAUUGGUAAUAUAUUGUAGUUUAUUUUUUAUGCAGCACAUUGCAGCAACCACGGUCUUUAUUUUCCUACUGUAUAACUGCUGAUUAUGGUAUUAAUAUAAAGGUGUUAUUUGUGUAUAUUUGUAAAUAUGUAAUUCUUUAUUGUAUGCAAAAUCAGAAGCAGCUUUAAUAAAGUCUGAGAUGAUUUCCUUUA